AUGGCGCACACAUAUAAGCCGCGCGCGGUGCGUUUGUAUGAAGAUAACCUACUUCCUUACUCUUUAUACUAUGACAACACUUACGUUGUUUUGCCGUUUUUGCUGAUGUCCUGGUUUGGCGUGGAUCAAGUGAAGUCCAACUCAUGUAUUCGAACCGCAUGGAUUUUCAGCAUUUUGGGCACUAAGUCUGAGCCCCCUUGUACAAGCCGAAUGCCAGAAUCUAGUUCAACGCUUUCCCCUCGUGGUAGCUGGAGUUUCGAGGUAAGCGCAAUAAGGCAUCGCGGUCUCGGUCUAGAGCAAGAGAAGGAACGGGAAUUUUAUGAGUCAGUCGGCAAACGAGCAGAAGGAUUGCCUGAUAGUAAGCAAUUAGCGCCGCCCAUGGACACCUGGAACGAACAGAAGCGGUACGAGUGCGUUGCCGACGUUUUGGGGAUUAGGGAUUGGGGCCGGAGGAGGGGUGGGGGCUCCGGUAACCUCACUCACACGGUGAAACACAACGCUGUGGUUGUUUCAGUUCGGUUUUCUUUGAGGCCGUGCAUACGAGGUGGUUCGGCGAACGUGUACAUCGCAACUUCAGAUAAAUCUAUUCAUGGUGGACCACGUGUGUAUGAUGGAAAGUACUGGCACAGGCCACAUGUGCUUCUGCGAGGAAGAUAUGUGCAAUGGCGCGCAAACACCGGUCGCAGCACUGGCCUUGGUCGCAACACUAGUCGCAUGUGCAUGCCUAAGGUGAAGUAG